CGGGGAACCGGAGGAGGGCGAGUCUAAAAGGAUCCUCCUCAGAGUCUUACCUGGAAAAAACUACAGGAAUACUUUUACGCCAUAGUGAAGGCAUGUCGAGGACGCGCUCACAGGAUGUUUUUUUUAAUUAGCUAGUGCUUUUUUUCGACGUACACCAUGUAUACGACUGAACGCAGGCGCAUGAGCCUGCACGACACCAAGAGAAAGGAUCCCGUACGAGUUUCAGCUGGAAGUUUAUGGCAGGAUCCUUUGGCUCUCGAAAUCAGCGGCGGGAAUAAAGGCGUAGUAUCUCCGCGCAGUCGGACCAGGGCUUUAUCCGUGGUGUAUAUCGCCUUUGAGGACGGGUCUGUGCCUCAAACCGAGACGAAUCUGUCACUGACAUGUCUUAAAGAAGCCUGCGCAGACGCGCAUGCGGCGCUCAAGAGCAUUUCUUUUGAUCGCAUCGCUUUGGGCACCAGUGAAAUUCUGGACACUUUCUACAACGCAGAUGUUGUCGUGGUGGAGAUGAGCAACACUAUCUGCCAGCCGUCUCUGUUCUAUCACCUGGGUGUCAGAGAGAGUUUCAGUAUGACCAAUAAUGUCAUCCUUUACUGUAAUAAACGAGAAGACGAUCUUCAAGUUGUGAAGGAGCAAUGUGGGAGCUACACUUUUAUCCCCUACAUGGUGUCACCACAAGGUAAAGUAUUUGCUUCUGAUGCCACACUGAUGAGGGGCAUCAAAGAUUUCCUUCAUUCCAGCUUUAAAAUUGAAUCCCUGCUGACCCCUCUGGUGGAUCGACUGGUCAAGUUGCUGGAAAGUGUUCACAUUCAUUCUAGCGAAUACCUCCACGAGGCAAUCCGCAGGGAGAUCCGUCUGGCUCGAGAGCACUUCACCGGACAGGCCCUGAGUCAAGAGCUGGGCCGGAUCCAGAAGCGUCUGGACUCGGUGGAGCUUCUGAGUCCAGAUAUUGUUAUGAGCCUCCUGCUAUCUUACAGGGACAUCCCAGACUACGACGCCAUCAUAAAUCUGGUGGAGACAUUGAAUAAUUUGCCCAUGUGCAUGGUGACAUCACAUCAGAACAUCAAGUUUCAGUAUAUAUUUGCAUUGAACAGGAGGAAUAACGCUGGCGAUCGUGCCAAGGCUUUAAAGCUCAUUUUACCCAUCGUGGAAUCGGGGGGCACCGUGGCCUCGGAUGUGUACUGCCUGUGCGGGCGCAUAUACAAGGACAUGUUUCUCAGUUCAGGCUUCAAAGACACAAACAGCAGAGAUCAAGCAAGUUACUGGUAUGGCAAGGCCUUUGAGAUUGAACCGUCUUUGCACUCCGGAAUCAAUAACGUUGUGCUCCUGAUAGCUGCUGGCCAUGAAUUCGACACUUCCAUUGAACUGCGGAAAAUCGGUGUCACACUCAGUAGCCUGCUGGGCAGGAAAGGCAGUCUAGAGAAAAUGCAAGACUACUGGGAUGUGGGUUUUUAUCUGGGGGCGGGAAUCUUGGCAAAUGAGCACAAGAAAGUCAUAGAAGCUUCCGAGAAACUCUACAGGCUCAAUGCGCCAAUGUGGUAUGUUGCAUCCAUCAUGGAGACGUAUAUACUGUACAAGCAGUUUGCCAAACCUCGAGAGGUCAGUCAUCCUAAACAGGAAACUGUGGACUUUUGGAUGGAGUUAAUGGUGCAGGCAUGCAAACCUACCGUUUCCACAGCUCGCUGCCCGGUUCUCAUUCUGGAGCCUACAAAAAUCUUCCAACCUAGUAUAAUAAGCGUAAAUGAGGAAGAUGACAGCCGUACGGUUCAGCUGAGACAUGUCACUCCACUCGAGAAAGGUCUUCAUGAGUGGACUUUCCCAGCAUCUGCGAUUCGUGGAGUAAGCAUCUCCAAGUUUGACGAGCGCAGCUGCUUCUUGUAUGUCCUGUACAAUUCCGAUGAUUUCCAGUUGUACUUUCCCAGCGAUCUUCAUUGUAAAGGGUUCUGUGAUUUGGUCAACUCUCUAUUGCAUCACACAGAAAGUCCCAUUGACGAUUCCAGUCCAAUCGGGGGAGGGGAAGGAGAUUUAGAGUAUCUUUAUGAGAGGAAUGAGAAUGGAGACAAGGUGGUGCUGGGUAAAGGAACCUAUGGAGUGGUGUACGCUGGACGGGACCUAAGCAAUCAAGUGCGCAUCGCAAUCAAAGAAAUCCCAGAGAAGGACAGCACCUACUCCCAGCCGCUCCAUGAGGAGAUUGCCCUGCACAAGAGGCUGAAGCACAGGAAUAUCGUACAGUAUUUGGGAUCGGUCAGUGAGGAUGGCUUCAUCAAGAUCUUCAUGGAGGAGGUUCCUGGAGGAAGUUUGUCUUCUCUCUUACGGUCAAAGUGGGGUCCUCUUAAAGAUAACGAAGCGACCAUUGUCUUCUACACCAAGCAGAUUCUGGAAGGGCUGAAAUAUCUCCACGAUAAUCAGAUCGUCCAUAGAGAUAUUAAGGGUGAUAAUGUUUUGAUAAAUACAUACAGCGGAUUGCUGAAGAUCUCAGAUUUUGGCACCUCUAAGAGACUAGCAGGAAUCAAUCCAUGCACAGAGACUUUCACAGGCACUCUGCAGUACAUGGCUCCAGAGAUUAUCGACCAAGGCCCUCGUGGCUACGGCAAACCGGCUGAUAUUUGGUCUUUGGGUUGCACCAUCAUAGAAAUGGCUACAGGGAAGCCGCCCUUUCAUGAGCUGGGAAGUCCUCAAGCGGCCAUGUUUAAGGUGGGCAUGUUUAAGAUCCACCCCACAGUGCCCGAGUGCAUGUCGGAGGAGGCUAAAGGCUUCAUUAUGUGCUGCUUUGAGCCCAACCCAGACAAGAGAGCCACCGCUUCGGAGCUCCUGAAGAACGGCUUUCUGAAGGGCAGUCCCAGGAAGAGGACAAAGCCUCAGUCCGACAACACUCUGAAAGAACCUGCAGGAGACUUUCACAGGAGCAUGUCUGUACCCAUUGCGUUGCGUGUGGAGAAUGCAGAUGCUGAACACAAUGAAUUGUCCUCUUCUUUUGAUGUGAGAAGAACCACUCCUGCCUUCAGAGGAAAUGACAUGGCUGAAAGUCCACCCAUCUCCAGUGGCUUUUUGACAGUGCCAGAUGAGCCUCAAGCAGACAUGACCACAAGCCCAGCGGGUUCUGGAGAAAAUCUAGGUCUGUUCAUGCUGAGAAAGGACAGCGAACGGAGGGAUACGCUGCAUAGGAUACUUACUGAGUACAUAGGCCAUGUAGUUCAAAACAUUCAGGAAACACUGCCGCAGGUGGAGGAGCCGUGCAUCACCUCAGAUGACAUCAGAGAGCUCAUUGGCUGUCUCAGAGAAAACAUCCGCUCUCCAGACAAAAGGCACCUGACUAACAGCCUCCUGACUUUGCGCUCCAGCCUGCUGAACUCCUCUGUGCCUCUCAGCAGCCUGCAGGCGGUGCUCUUUAGCUUCCAGGAUGCAGUCAAGAAGGUCCUAAGGAAACAGCAGAUUAAACCUCACUGGAUGUUUGCAUUGGACAACUUGCUGAGGCAGGCUGUUCAAGAUGCUAUCACGGUUCUGCUCCCAGAGCUCAAGCUUCAGCUGCAGUCAUCGUUUGAAAAUGAGGAGAGUUCUCCAGAAACCGAGCAGCCCACGGAGGCUGAUGAUUCUCAGUCAACCGUCACCCCCCUCGAGAAGAUCAAAGAGGAAUCGAGUAUCAGUCAAAGUUCUGAAGAAGUUUAUGCCAAAUGCAACAAUCUGCCCAGUGAACUAAUCACCACCCACUCUUCACUUGCAAAAGAGUUGUCAGAACUUCGACUCGAGUCCAGGAGAUUGCUAAUUCAGCUGAAUGAAAAGGAGAAAGAAUACCAGGAGCUUCUAAGGAAUUCACUUCAAACUAAACAAAGGCACAUCAGCGCCCUGGCGGUCAGGGCUGCGUCUACAGCUCCAGAUAAUAAACCUACACCCCAUAAUGCUCACAAUGCUGCUAUGGUGCGCUGGUUAAGAGGCGUUCCAGUGGAUGACAAAACCAUUGAAAUACUUGUUUUUCAUGAGUUCACCUUGGACAGCCUCCUCCAUUUUGCUUGCAGAGACGAUCUGCAGUACUGUGGCAUUAAAGGUGGGAUGCUGUGUCGUUUGUGGGCUGCCAUCUCCAAGCAGAGGAAGUCUCAUCUCAGUCCAGUCCAAGAGGACAGUGAAGAUACCAUUUUCUAACAGACAUGAAGGACUCUCUUGUCCAAUUUUUUAGAUGCUAUGAGCUCAGUGAGUUUGCAGUUUAUAGAGUCUGUGCCGUUUUUGGCGCUAUUAUUUUAUGUCUAUGCCUGACACUAAAAAUAUAUACACUACUUUUCAAAUGUUUGGGGUUGGCAAGAUCUUUUAAUGUUUUUGAAAAAAGGCUCCUAUGCAUUUAUUUUAGAAUCCAUUCCUCUAGUCUUCAGUGAUCCUUCAGAAAUCAUUCUAAUAUGCUGAUUUGAUGGUCAAGAUACAUUAGUCAAUGAGAACAGAAUUUAUUUGAAAUACAAAUAUUUUGUAACAUACGUCUUUACUGUCACUUUGUCUAUUUAGUGUGUGUUUGCUGAAUACAACUCAUUAAAAAAUGUAAAAAAUAAAUAAACUUAAUGACCCCAAACAUUUGAAUGGUAGUGUAUGAUCUCAGAAUAGUUAACAUGAGAACAUUCGGUCUCUCUGAUGUAAACUGUUAGAAAGAGAUUCAAUAUAUUUUUUAUGGAUAUAAAGUUCUAUAAUGUUUGAAAUAUUUAUGCUAACAUCAUCUGAAAAUCAUUUUAUUGUGCAGGGCAUUGAGUUGUGUAUAUACUGUACAUAUGUUAGGGUGCAAAAAUGCUGUAUUUGUAUUUAUGAAUUGUGUGUUCUUACUAAAUACUAAAUACUAAAUAUUAACUACCUUACAGAAGAAAAUACAGACAGCAAAACUACAAAAAAGCAAACUACAAUUAAAACUAAAACUACAAUUUAUUAAUUUAUUUUAGAAAUAAAGCUUUUAAUUAUAAUGUUCAAGUGAAAGGAAACUGUUACGGGUCUGCAUUUCUUUCUUGUUCAUUUUAAAUGGUCCUAUGCUGUAACAAAUGAAUUUUUAAAAGCACAAAUAUUCCAAGUCAUCAGUUCAUAUGGGAUAAUAAAAGUCAAAAGUUUUUGAACAGUAA